UUGAUGGAUCAGGACGGCCCCUAGUCCUGCAAGGAUCGCUGGGCCCAGCCCGCACGUCUCUGAGCAGAGACCAUGACGCACAGCCGACUCCGGAGCGGUAGAGGCGCUGCUUGCUGAUCCGGACCCAGCGCGCCAAAGGGGGCGCGGGCGAGGACCCUGGGGGCCGUCCAUGCCCCGGGGGCCGCCGCGCCCCCUUCCCCUCCAGCCCAGCAACCCCGCGGCUGGCGCUGGCGGCGUUCAGGGCCCGGAUGCCCCGUCCGGGGCGGCGCCCAGGCGGCCACGCCGAGGCCACCAUGUGACGGCACCCUUUCUGUCGUGCUACCGAGCGGCGGCGCUCUGGUGCCUCUUGUCCAUGCUCCUGAGCUCUGGCCCUGCGCAGGCCAAGCAUGAGGCCGCGGCCCGACGGUAGGGGGCUCCGGGCAGGAGCCGCGCUGUCCUCUGCGCUGCUGCUACUAUUGCUGCUGCCACCGCCGCCGCUGCUGGGGCGCCUGUGGGCAGCCGGCACGCCCGCGCCGCCGUCGGAACCCCGCGCUGCGCAGGAUGGCGCGCAGGGCGUGGGCCGAGUGAAGCGCGGCUGGGUGUGGAACCAGUUCUUCGUGGUGGAGGAGUACACGGGCACGGAGCCGCUGUACGUGGGCAAGAUUCACUCGGACUCUGAUGAGGGUGACGGGGCCAUCAAGUACACCAUCUCAGGCGAAGGUGCUGGGACCAUUUUCCUGAUCGACGAGCUGACCGGUGACAUCCACGCCAUGGAACGCCUGGACCGUGAGCAGAAAACCUUCUACACGCUGCGGGCCCAGGCUCGGGAUCGCGCCACCAACCGCCUGCUGGAGCCCGAGUCGGAGUUCAUCAUUAAAGUGCAGGAUAUCAAUGACAGCGAACCCCGCUUCCUGCACGGCCCCUACAUCGGCAGCGUGGCCGAGCUCUCCCCCACAGGCACGUCUGUGAUGCAGGUGAUGGCCUCCGAUGCGGACGACCCCACAUACGGCAGCAGCGCCCGGCUGGUGUACAGCGUGCUGGACGGCGAGCACCACUUCACCGUGGACCCCAAGACCGGCGUGAUCCGGACGGCUGUGCCCGACCUCGACCGCGAGAGCCAGGAGCGCUACGAGGUGGUGAUCCAGGCCACAGACAUGGCAGGCCAGCUGGGUGGCCUCUCGGGCUCCACGACCGUCACCAUUGUGGUCACCGACGUCAAUGACAACCCACCCCGUUUUCCACAGAAGAUGUACCAGUUCAGCAUCCAGGAGUCAGCCCCCAUCGGCACAGCCGUGGGACGAGUGAAGGCCGAGGACUCGGACGUGGGCGAGAACACGGACAUGACUUACCACCUUAAGGAGGAGAGCGGCAGUGGUGGCGACGUGUUCAAGGUCACCACCGACAGCGACACUCAGGAGGCCAUCAUCGUAGUACAGAAGCGCCUGGACUUCGAGUCCCAGCCAGUGCAUACCGUAGUCCUGGAAGCCCUCAACAAGUUCGUGGACCCCCGCUUUGCCGACCUGGGCACGUUCCGUGACCAGGCGAUCGUGCGCGUGGCUGUGACCGACGUGGACGAGCCCCCCGAGUUCCGGCCGCCCUCCGGCCUCCUGGAGGUGCAGGAGGACGCGCAGGUGGGCUCCCUGGUCGGCGUGGUGACGGCGCGGGACCCGGACGCCGCCAACCGGCCCGUCCGGUAUGCCAUUGACCGCGAAUCGGAUUUGGACCAGAUCUUCGAUAUUGAUGCGGACACGGGCGCCAUCGUGACCGGCAAGGGGCUGGACCGCGAGACGGCCGGCUGGCACAACAUCACCGUGCUGGCCAUGGAGGCAGACAACCACGCCCAGUUAUCUCGGGCCUCCCUAAGGAUCCGAAUCCUGGAUGUGAACGACAAUCCCCCAGAACUGGCCACACCUUACGAGGCAGCAGUGUGUGAGGAUGCCGAGCCUGGCCAGCUCAUCCAGACCAUCAGUGUGGUGGACAGAGACGAGCCACAGGGCGGGCAUCGCUUCUACUUCCGCCUGGUGCCCGAAGCUCCCAGCAACCCUCAUUUCUCCCUGCUCGAUAUCCAAGACAACACGGCCGCAGUGCACACGCAGCACGUGGGCUUCAACCGGCAGGAGCAGGACGUGUUCUUCCUGCCCAUCCUGGUGGUGGACAGCGGGCCGCCCACACUGAGCAGCACGGGCACGCUCACCAUCCGCAUCUGCGGCUGCGACAGCUCCGGCGCCAUCCAGUCCUGCAACACCACCGCCUUUGUCAUGGCUGCGUCCCUCAGCCCUGGUGCCCUCAUCGCCCUCUUGGUUUGCGUCCUCAUCCUGGUCGUGCUGGUGCUGCUGAUCCUCACCCUCAGACGCCACCACAAGAGCCACCUGAGCUCCGACGAGGACGAGGACAUGCGGGACAACGUCAUCAAGUACAACGACGAGGGCGGCGGCGAGCAGGACACGGAAGCCUACGACAUGUCGGUGAAGAAACGGAGGCACAAAGAGGGCAACUCCCGGGGCGGGGGGAACGAAGGGAAAGAUAAUGUCCCCUCCAUCCUCUGCAUCUGCACAUGCAUCUCCCUGGCACUGGGCCGGCCCUCAGUGGGAUGCAGGCGGCACCCACUCAUGCCAAGCUUUCAGACGGCCAUGCAGCUCUGGCUCCGGCUGGGCACACCCAACUCCAUCAAGAAGUUCAGAGAACCAGGAGCGUUCCGUGUGCUGCGGCUGCCCUCCUGCUGA